AUGAUGCAACACAAGGAAAUCAAACACCCGUAUCAGGGCAUCAAGUACACGGUGCUGGUGGUGAUUGCGGCGUUUCGAGUGGCCAACGCCCUCACCACAAAGACCUUCUUCCAGCCAGAUGAGUACUGGCAGUCGCUGGAACCCGCACACAGACUGGCCUACGGCUACGGCUACCUGACCUGGGAGUGGCAUGAGGGUCUGCGGUCGUCGCUGCCACCUCUGGUUGGAGCAGGCAUCUACAAGGCACUACAACUGCUAGGUCUUGACGAUCCCCGAAUCGUGCGUAUCGCACCCAAGAUUGUCAUGGCUCUCUUUGCGUCGGCAGGAGACGUGUACACAUGGAAGCUGAGCGCUCGUCUACAAGGACCGGCCGAGGCUCCUUGGGCACUGUUUGUGUCCCUGCUGUCGGCCUUCAACUGGUUCUUUCUGACCCGUACUUUCUCCAACUCGGCAGAGAUGGUUCUGACCGCCGUGGCGCUCAAUUACUGGAGCUUCAAUGGCAAGGAGGUCAAUUUCAAACGGCUGUCAGUGGCACUCUUCAUUGGAGCCAUCAGCUGCGUGCUUCGACCCACAAAUGCCAUUCUAUGGGCUGUGCUGGGUCUCCAUCUGGUCUUGACAACCACUGCCAAGAUGCGAGUUCUGUGGCUGGCGGUUCGAAACGUGGCGCUAGUUUUUGCCGCCACAUACUAUAUUGACUACCUCUACUACGGCGAGCCUGUUUUCCCGCUGCUCAACUUCCUUAAGUUCAAUUUGCUGCAAUCCCUGGCUCACUUCUACGGGACCUCCCCCACUCUGUACUACUUUUAUGAAGCGCUUCCUUUGCUCACCGUCGGUUGGCUUCCCUUAACCCUGUGGGGCCUGUGGAUUAACAGAUCGCAGGUUCUCGUCAAGGCGGCCCUUGCCGUUGUCGUUGCCUUCUCGCUCAUCAGACACAAAGAGGUCCGCUUCAUCUAUCCCCUGGUGCCCAUUCUGCACAUGGCUGCCGCCGAGGCUAUCACCCAGACCCCCAAGAAGUUGCGCAAGUGGCUGGUGUGGUCACUGGCACUCGUCAAUAUCCUUGUUGCGGGCUACUUCUCCCAGGUGCACCAGCGAGGAGUGGUGGAUGUGGUGGAGUAUCUGAGCACAGAGCCCCAGGUAACGUCUGUGGGCUUCCUCAUGCCGUGCCACUCCACUCCUUACCAGUCCCAUUUGCAUCGAGAUAUCCCUGUGUGGUUUCUCACAUGUGAGCCCCCUAUUGGUUUCACUGCCGAGGAGCAGAUGACGUAUCGGGAUCAGGCCGACCAGUUCUACGACGACCCGCUGCAGUUUGUUCAGACGCAGUUUCCUGAGUCGGUGGCUGUGUCUGCCCGAGAGGCCCGGACCCCUCUGUUCCACCCCUCUCAUCUGGCCAUCUUUGAGAGCCUGGAAAAGAAGUCACCUGAGGUGAUUGAGCAUCUGGUGGAGUUGGGAUAUAAGCGAGGAAAGACCUUUUUCAACUCGCAUUUCCACGACGACUGGAGACGAGAGGGGGAUGUUGUUGUUUAUAAUUUAUAG